CCAGCCAAAUCAGGUAGGGAGCCAUGUCUUCCAAUCCAUCCACCCAACCAUGAUCCAUCAAGACCGUAUCCAGAUGGGGUUAAAGAGGGCACGCUACUGGCUGGACCCAGCCCAAGUGGUGGUGGCACAUGAGAGCGCGAAGAGGCAUUCCUGUGGCGGGAUGGAUUCCUUUGCCUAUUCUUCCCCUUCCCCCUCCCUCGUCUUGUUCUUCUGCCAUGCGAUGGCUCCACCGAGACAGGGAUUUGACGGUUGAGACGUUCUCGAGCCGAGACAGAGGGAACGGCAGAUCUCAUGCAAGCCACUGGGGAAUCACUGGAAGACAAGUCUGCGGUUCGCUCCAUCCGAUCAAGGUUCAGCGCAGAGAGAAACCCAGGCUGAUGAUCCCUCUCCCCUAAACCGUUAACGAAAGCUGCAAAAUCCGCAGAGAGAGCGAGAGAGAAGG